CAUCAGCGACGUGUUUCACCAGACUUUUAAAAAUGGCAGCCCCCAUUUCUGCUGACGCUAGGGUGCAUGUGCAGGGUUUGAUCGCCAGGAAAGAUGAAAUGGAGGCAGAGAUCAAGGCUUUGUUCGAAGUUUUGGAAUCUCAAAAUGGAGUUGGUAUGACAGGGCCGUUGAUUGAUGCAGAGGGCUACCCAAGAAAUGACAUCGAUGUGUAUUCAGUGCGAACGUCCAGACACAAGAUUAUCUGUCUACAGAAUGAUCACAAAGCUUUGAUGCUAGAAGUUGAGCAGGCUCUUCAUACACUGCAUGGUAUUGAGAGACAACAGCGGGAACAGGGCACCUACAAUCCCAUUGCAAACGGGUCCAGUAAUGGAGCUGCUUCAAUCCCAUUUGCUAAAGUGGACCUGGUUUCACAAGGAUCCCCAGCAGAGAAAGCUGGUGUACAUGUCGGUGACAAAAUCCUAGAAUUUGGAUCAGUGGCUUCAAUGAAUUUUAGAAGUAUUAAAGACAUCGCUCCAGUGGUGCAACACAGUCAAAAUAAACCUAUCCGUGUUGUGGUGCAGCGAGAUGAGGACAAAGUGAUCCUCUCCUUAACUCCACAAACCUGGAAUGGUAGAGGUCUCCUCGGAUGCAACAUAAUUCCAAUAAGAUAGAGACGGGAUGGAAUGAGAUGUUGUAACAGCACUAUGAAUAUGGAGACAAAGACAGUGGACUCUGACUAUUUAUACUUUAAGUUUAUAUAUAGUGUUCCUUUUGAUGAACUUGCAUGUCGUAUAAAUGAAGCAAGCAGUCAAUGGGAGGCCAUCCUCUCUAGAACUUGAGCUCAGGCUGAUCAUAGAAAGAGUGAUUCUACGAUCUUCAUCAUUUAAUGGUCUCGCCUGCAUAGCAGAGGGGAGACACAGGCACAGCUUUUCCGUCGGCAUCGUCAAAAUUGAAGUCUAAAAUAAGGUUAAGUGGCAAGUAGUGAUAACAUCUGAAUGACAUGUGUCUGAUCGCCACUGCGGAUUGAUAGCGCUAUUCAUCACAAGUGGUGAUAACGUCUUGAAUACUUUUUACUGAUCACCACUAAACUUUCAUAGUGCUGUCAAUCGUAAGACUCUCGUCUUUCAAUCUGAGGGACGUGGGUUCGAUUCCCAGUCAUGGCGGGUUUUCCUUCAGCAAAAAAUUUACCCACAUUGUGCUGCACUCAACCCAGGUGAGGUGAUUGAAUACCCGACAGGAAGAAAUUCCUCGAAAGCCAGAGCGCCUGUAGGCAGCACUGCUAUAGCCAGGGUAAUAAUAAUAACAUUAUUGUAAUGCGCAGUUGAGUAUAUUCAUAUAGAAAUUGCGCAAUAAAUGUACAAUUAUUCUUAUAAUGUCUUAAUGAAAUGUUACUGAUCACCACUGGCGACUGAUAGCACUAUCAACAAUUUCUGAAACAGUCCAAAGUUGCAAAAUGAAUGUGUUUUUCAAUUCUGUAGUUGGAAACAGUGUUUGAUGAUUUGCAGUUCUGUUUUAACAGUAUAUGAAGUCAAAUCUGGCAUUCCAAGAAGCCAAUGUAUUUUCAAAUUGUCAUUAGUAAUUUCACACCAAACAGGGUUGAAAAUCAAUAUGUUUUUUUUUUUUCAAUUUUUCAGUUAAUGGUUUAUUCUCACAUCACCAAAACUAGAUUUAAUGUCUUUUUAUUGUGCACUGUCUUGUGCAGUUUCACUCAAAAUAUUUGCUGUAUACGGUACAUCUAUACUCUAUUAAUAAUUAAUAAUAAUAAUAAUAGCCAAUUUUUAUAUAGCGCUUUUCCCAGAACGGCUCAAAGCGCUUUACAGCAUAUUAUUACCCCGGUCAUUGGAUUCAUUUCAAUUCCGCACGAAAAGUGCACAAUUUUCACUCCCUGGGGAGCAUUCCUUGCAUUCAUGGCAGCCUCAUUAUGGCGCUGGCAAAUUCAAACAUACAAUAUCUUUCGCAUCCUACCGGGUACCCAUUUAGCACCUGGGUCGAGAGUGGCAAAGUGUGGAUUAACGCCUUGCCAAAGGACGCUAGACCAUGGUGGGAUUCGAACACACGACCCUGUUUACAAGGCGAGAGUCAGGACCACUACACCACAGCUCUUCCCAUAAUGUUACAGCUUUGUAUUAACGCACACAUGGUGCACAAAUUUAAAAAGGUAAAUGUUUGAAUUUUAAUCUCCAUAAAAAUGUAGUUCAGUUAGGUGUAGGAUACUCUUUCAUUCUUACAUGUACAAGUAUAAUAUAUACAAUUUCACUUUGUCAGCAACUUAAAUAUUUUGUAUCAGUAGUGACUGUAGUAUACUCUUUGAUAUUUGUAAGCUGUAAUCAUUUUGUGAUUACUUGUAAAUAGGAGAUUAAUGUCUUUCUCCAAAUGCAGUUAUAUCAGAGUACUUGUGUGCAAGGAAAUUUAUCUGAUUGCAUUAUAUGAAUAACUGGGCUAUUAUAAAGGUAUUGAGGAUCUUGGGGGCAAUGAGGGCCUCCCUUCUAAUCUCAGCCACUAUCCACGCCAAGGUUUAGUGAGCAUGUUCAUUACAGUAUCGACUAUAAACCUAUUGUUUAUUGUUUUUUAAUUUAUAUGAAUUGCUUAUGCAAAUUUAUGUACAAAAAGUAUUAUUGGUAUAUUUCACUUCCCAAUUUCAUUCGAGAUUUCUUUUAUUUUGCAAAUGUCAUCUUUACACUUUCAUAAUGAAAAAUUGCAAAAAAAAAUGCAUUUACAUACUUUGGGGGUUUAUAUUUUUAAAUAAAUUUCUUAAUUUUGUAGCCAUUAUAUUGUAUUGUUCUUUGAAAAGUCAUAUGGUAGUUACCAUUAUUCCAAAAUCUUUAUAAAAUGAGUCCCUGGUAUAUCAAGAUAUUAUGUAGGUGCAAAUUGUUUCCACAUUUUGAGCAAUGGUGACUGAAAUGGGAUUGAAAGCCGUUCAAAGUAAAAAUGCUUAUGAAAAUCUCUAUUGAUUAUGGUAUACUAAUAAAUACAAUGGUCAUAUGCAAUGUUAUGUUUGAUCAUGGAGCUAUUUGCGAGUAGUCUGAAAUACUCUGAUAAAAAAAAAAUUGUGGUUUAACUAUGGAAAGCCAAUUGUUACUUUAAUCUCAGACAGAAUAGGCUGGAUUUGUCAGUACAUGUGGUGCUCAGUUUAUUCCUAACUAUGAGGGAAUAGUACAUGUAGCUCAAGUAGUGUUCUUCACCAUUAAAGCACAGGGAACAGAGGUUGUAUACAUAAGAAACACACACUGUAAAUGAUAAUAUUAGCAGUUAACCAGGGGCCCCGUUUCAUAAAGGACUUACAACUGUUGUAACUUUGCCAUUAUGGCAACUACCAUGGUAACAGGGCUCAGCAGCCAAUCAUAAUCAAGGUUGCCAUGGUAAUUGCCAUAAAGGCAAAGUUACAACAGUUGUAACUCUUCAUGAAACGGGCUCCUGAGCCCCGUCAUACAAAGAGUUGCAAUUGAUCUGAUCAACCUCAACUAUGGAAAGCCAGCAACGCCCAUAUCUAAAAAUGCAUGUUUGUUCCAAAAAAAUUCUAGAUAUGAUGUAUAUUCAUAAAUUAAUCAUUUUCUUGACAAUUUGGUGUGUUUGCCUUUGUUUACAAAGGACAUUUUUCAAAUUUCGUGUAGAAAUUUUUUUGACACAGAUGGAUUUCCAUAGUUAUGAUUGAUUGGUUCAAUCGUAACUCUUUGUAAGACGGGGCCUAGGACCUCAGUUCAACUGGACUGCAGAGAAUAAGUCAGUAAGUCUUCAGUUUAAUGGAUGUUGUAAUAAUCAGGGUUCCCAGUCAUGGAAAAAUUUGAGGUCAUGGAAAGUCAGGGAAUUUGGAAAAUUUGUGAAAAGUCAUGGAAUUGCAUUAUCCUCUUGGCUAUAGCAGCUUUCCAGUUUGUCGUGUGUCGCAACUCUCAUACUCUAUUAUAAUUGGUGUUCAUGAUUUCCAUUUUUCCCAGUUUUGUGACAUCCCAAUAUCUACAUAACUCGUGGGACGUCAUGGAAAGCAGCAAUUUAGUCAUGGAAAAGUCAUGGAAUUCUGUUUUCGAAUUUCUGUGACAACCCUCAUAAUGGGCAAUAUAAAAGGUAUUAUGUGAGGAUACUUUUGCACUUUCCCAUUUUUUUAAAGUUUUUUUUGGUAAAUAUUCAAUAAAAUAAUAUUGAUAAUGAAUAUUAAUCUUA